AUGCAGCUCACGACCUCCAUCCUCCUCGCCACGGCCACCCUCGCCGCACUAGGACAUGCCGAAGAAAGACAGGACCUGCAGAAUCCCAAGAACACGAAACUCAACUGCGUCGGCGCCGACCCGGCCCACGUGCGCAGAAUCUGUUCCAACUUGCAGGGCGACUGGACCUAUAGCAGGGAGGCAGCGGUGGCGGCGUUGGUGCGGAGGGGCGGAGGACCGACGGUCAGAGAUGGGAUAUGGCGCGACGGUGUUGUGCAGGCUGCAGGCUGCAUGCACGUCUUCCCGGUAGCACACUCGCCCAGCAGGUCGUGCAGCAUUGCUGGUUCUCGUGGUGCUACCCACACGAUGCGAUUGUUCUCGUCGUGGGUGGAACCCGACGAAGACAAUGGCAAGGCCCGCUUCGUCAUUGAUGCGGCAUUUCCAAAGAUAUUGCUGACGGCGGCAUUUGAUGAAAAGUGGGAAUAG